CGCCUUUAGACCAUUCAUUUGUUCUACGGUUACAUUUGAAAACAGGCGGCAGUUUCAUAAAGAAAAAAGCCACGACAAUAUUUAUCGGAAAUCACAAAAGCAAACAUGACUGCGGAUAAUGAAAUAGACAUCAAGGAGGCGUUUCAGCGAGCACAGAAAGGCCACAACAACAAGGCGAAGCUGGUGGCGAGUUUAAAGAGUCGCUACAACAAGCUUGAGGAUAAGACUCCUUUCCAUGAGGAGUUCAUCCGCUGCCUGAAAUAUGCCAUGAUUGUCUACAAACGUGAGCCUGCAGUGGAAAAUGUCAUAGAGUUUGUGGCAAAGUUUGCCACAAGUUUUCAGUCUCCACCUAAACCUGAAGGAGAGGACCAGCAAAAUGAAGAGGAAGAGGAGGAGGAGGAGGAUGAAGAGGAUGAUCACCCAUUCUUGAGUUUCAUCUUUAACUUUUUGUUGGAGUCCCAUAAAGCCAACAGUCACGCCGUGCGUUUCCGGGCGUGUCAGCUGAUCAACAAAUUGCUGGGCAGCAUGUCAGAAAAUGCUCAGAUUGACGAUGACCUCUUUGAUCGCAUCCACCAAGCCAUGCUGAUUCGUGUCACUGACAAGUUCCCCAAUGUGAGGAUUCAAGCUGCUCUAGCCAUGACUCGCCUUCAGCAGCCAAAGGACCCCGACUGUCCAACCAUCAACGCCUACAUGUUAAUUCUGGAAAAUGAUACCAACGCAGAGGUGCGGCGCGCGGUUCUUUCCUGCAUCGCUAUGUCUCCUCGGACACUCCCCAAAGUACUGAAACGCACUCGUGACAUCAAAGACAACGUCCGCAAGCUAGCCUAUCAGGUUCUUGCUGACAAAGUUCAUAUUAAAGCUCUUAGCAUCGCACAGAGAGUCAGUCUGCUGCAGCAGGGUCUUCAUGACACCUCAGAGGCAGUGAGAGAGGUGGUCUGCAGCCGCCUCCUGCCAGCCUGGCUGCUCCGCCUGGACGGUGAUGUCAUCGAGCUGCUCCACCGACUGGAUGUGGAAAACUGUGCAGAUGCGGCGAUGGACACGCUGAAAGCCAUCUUCAAAAGCAUGCCUGCAGAAGAACUGCUGCAGAACAGGGAGGGGCUUGACAACAGGAAGGUGAUCCCAAUUGACUCUUUGACCUGUGAAAAUGUGCUUUACUGGAGAGCGCUGUGUGAGUUCAUCAAGGACAAAGGAGAUGAUGGAGAAGAAAUGCUGGAACAAGUGUUGCCAGAUGCUGCUGCUUAUGCUGAGUACCUUUGUGGAUAUCUGAAGGCGGUGCCGUUGCUCACAGAGGAGCAGAGAGGCGACUUCAACCAGCUGGAGCUGGUCAUGACCAAAGAAUUUAUCUCUCAACAACUCAUCCACCUCAUCCGCUGCCUCGACACGAACGAGGAAGGUGGCAGAAAGCGUGUGCUGGCAGUUCUGCAGGACAUGAUGGCUCUUCCACAGACCCCCUCCUCCCUGAUUUCCCUGCUUACUGAAAAACUCCUCUCCCUCAUCCCUGAUGACCACAGGCGCAUCCAGACUGUGGCAGAAAUCAUCUCGGACUUGAGGGAACCCAUCAUGGAGCCCAAUCGGGCUGUGGAUGAGAAUGAGAGCCGACGGCAGCAGGUUAAGCUGGCAGAAGUAAAGGUCCAGAUCUUGGAAGCUAAACAAACUCUGGAGGAUUGUAUCGCUGCUCAGGAGUUCAGCCGAGCGGCAGAGCUGAAGGAAUCCAUCACACGCCUCGAGGAGAGCAGAAACCAAAUCCUUCAGGACAUCGCCGAGGGCGGCCAGCCGACUGACAAGGAGCCCCGCACCGAGAAGAAUGACCCAGAGACUCUUCUGAGGUGUUUAACGAUGUGUGCUGAGCUGAUGAAGCAGAUGAACAUCAAGACUCGAAUUGGUCCAACUAUAAGUGCAUUGAUGUCUUCCUUGAUUUUACCCAGUAUAGCAAACGCACACCCUGCUGUCCGCAACAUGGCUGUUGUGUGUCUGGGAACGUGCACUUUGCACAGCAAGGAACUGGCUAAAACCCACAUGGUCCUCCUGCUCCAGAUCUCCCAACUCGACGAGGUGAAGAUCCGCAUCAGCGCCCUCCGUGCCGUCGUCGACCUGCUGCUGCUGUUUGGCUUCCAGCUUUUCUCCGACACGGCGUCCGCACAGCCCAGCCAGUCCCCAGAAAAGCAGGAGGAAGAGGCAGGACCGGCUGAGAAGGGAGAUGCUCCAGAAGACACCACGCAGAGUAUCCUUGUGAUGCUUUCAGAGCUGUUGGAUAGCGAGGUGUCUGACCUGCGCACAGAGGCGGCAGAGGGCCUGGCCAAACUUAUGUACACCGGCCGCAUCUCCAGCGCCAAGAUGCUGACGCGUCUGGUGCUGCUGUGGUACAAUCCUGUUACUGAGGAUGACACCCGCCUGCGGCACUGCCUCGGCGUCUUCUUCCAGCUCUACGCCCGCGAGAGCAGAGUUCACCAGGAGGUCGUAGAGGAGUGUUUCUUGCCGACGGUCCGGACUCUCCUGAAUGCCCCCGCCACCUCUCCGCUCGCCGAGGUGGACAUCAACAACGUGGUGGAGCUUCUGGUUGAACUGACGCGUCCAAGUGCGCUCAUCAAACCCUCCAGUAACACAGAGGAGGUCUGCGUCCACGACUACCUGGCGGUGCGCUUGUGUGGCGAGAUGCUGAAGGACCCAACCGCCCCUGAGGUUCGCCUUUAUGCAAAGACGCUAAGCAACCUGGAGCUGAGCAGAGACAGCACUGUGAGGGAGGACCUGCUGACGCUGCUGCAGCAGCUUGUUCAGACGGUGAAGGAUCGCAUUUGCCUGCGUGCUCUGGAGAAGAUGAUGCAUCAGCUGAUUGACUCCAAAGAGCAAGCUGAGCUCUUAAGCGCCAGUGCACUGCAACCGCUGGAUGUCAACGCAGACGAAGCAACAACAGACGAUCCAUCAAAAUCUGCCAAGAGAGUCAAAAGAGGUCAAAGGAAAGUCUGCACCGCCAAAGGCAGCAGAAAGCAGAGCAGGAAAGCCGAGUCAUCAGAAGAGAGCGAUGGAGAAAACGUUCCUGAGUCCGUCCCUACAGCACGUCCAUCAAGGAGGGCGAAGAGCGCCGCGAUGGAGAAGACCAAACUCGACCUCAACCCCCUCCUCAAUCAGGAGGCCAAUGUGUCAUGAAACCCUUUUCAAGCUUUUUCUUUUUUUGGGCAGAUAAUCUUGUUCCUGUGUUUUCUGCAGCAUCUUUUCAUAAUUUCAGCUCGAGGUUUUAUCAACAAUAAACUUAAUUUUGUCUCCA